UGUAGACUUCCUCUCCUGAUUUCGACGCCGGUUGGACGUAUGCCUUUUCCUCUCCCUGACCAUCUCCCGCAGCAGCUCAACGUUUCAUCGAAUGUUCUUUCCAAGUUCGACUCUGUAACAUUACAAUCCCUGAAUUCGUCUUUUGCAUCCUCAUGUAGGGCUGAGCUUGAUGAAUCCAUCCGAUUGACUAAGACAAAAAUUCAUGACAGAAUAUGUGCAGAUUCUUCUAACUUCCAAAGACAGCUGUCUUUGGCAAAGUCUCUCAAAGAACGACUGGACACGCUUUCCGGACAUGUCCAAGUCUCAAGUGUUACACUUUCGGACUCUAAGGCUCCGGUCUAGUUCCGGUCUUGCUUGAAGCUUUGGAAGCUCACCAAUUACUCGCCCAAGAGUCCUUGGAUGCAGAUGUCUUGAGUGAUUCUCUUUCGCACCUUUAUGAAUGUAGAGCACAGCUGGAUGC